GAAAAUAAAUAAAUAUAUAUAUAUAGGCCAACGCGUUACGGAGCUAUAUAACAAAGGUUAUAUUACCGAUAGUCCUACAAGAAUAUUGUAAAAAGAGGAGAGAAAUAAGACUUUCGUGUAUACAUGUAAUGUUUAAUUCCACAUUGAUAUGAGUAAAGUAACAUAAUGACCCUGUAAAUGCCCCUGACUUCAGUCUUCAAAGGGCAAAAGCAACUUUGGUGACGUCACCCAGCGCAAGGUGUUUUAAUGGUUCAUUGUAAAAUGCGCGCCUCAUUAGCACACGAAUAGAUGAUGAGCUGUCAUGUCAUGUCAAUUUCCUUUAAUGUCCUCUGCUACUUGUUAAAUAUGCAGAAGCGACACGGGGAUGGGGGUAUAUAAGCUCUCGUGCACCCUCGACCUGUCAUUCUCAUCUCAAUCAUGCAUGCGCACGGAGCUUUGCGCCUGGUCUGCUGCCAACUUCUGCUUCUGGGGGUAUUUGGAAAGCACCACUAUAGUCAUCUCCCUGGCACGAGGAGUAGCUCACCUCUGGAGUCCAGACCGGACCGAACCCGACAUCACUUAUCCACGUAUAUGAUGCACCUCUACCGGAAUUUCAAAGUGAACGUCACGCGACCUGUGGAUUAUACGGAGCACGAGCGCGCGGAUACCAUCAAGAGCAUCCUGUCAAAGAGUUUGACCAAUGAAGGCAGACACUACAUCGCAAACUUUGACCUGUCGUCUGUGCUGUCCGAACAACAGAUUCAAGCCGCGGAGUUGAGGAUUCGCGUUCCCAGAGAAAUGAAUCAAACGAACGUUACGGUGGAAAUGAGACACCACCAGGACGUCCCGUGCCAUCAACACGACGUCUGCGUGGAGAACCGGUCUCUGGGCGUGCUUUCAGAAGCAUCUCUCAUAAGCGUGUCCCAUCACUGGAGGGUCUACAACAUCACGGGUCUGCUGCUGGACUGGACCGGUCCGAAACGCUCCGAGUUGAGACCCCUGAAGACCAGACGAGCGUUGAGAUCCAGCAGACGCACUCUUCCAAACCGGCCCAAACGUGCGGACGGUAUCCGUCACAGAGCCAUGCUCCUGAUAUUCUCACACACAGUCCCGGAACAGGGAACGCAAGACAAGGCGAGUCUUCUUCACACAGCUGAGAAGUCCAAGUUUCUGUUCCACUCCGAAGGAAAGGAGGUGUGGAGAGAGAGGACACUCAAGAGCAAGAGAGGCCGGAGAGGACAGCCCAUGAGGAACCCAGAGGUGGUCACGGGUCCCAGCGAGAAGAGCUCAAUGUGUCGGAGAGUCGACAUGCACGUGGACUUCAAUCAGAUCGGAUGGAGCUCCUGGAUCAUUUUCCCCAAGAAGUACAACGCCUACCGCUGCGAGGGCAGCUGCCCAAACCCUCUGGGGGAAGAUCUUCACCCCACCAAUCACGCUUACAUGCAGAGUUUGCUGAAGUACUACCAUCCCAACCGAGUCCCUUCAGCCUGCUGUGCGCCCACAAAGAUGAGUCCUCUCAGCAUGCUGUAUUACGAGAACGGAGAGCUAAUCCUGCGACACCAUGAAGACAUGGCCGUGGAGGAGUGCGGCUGCCUCUGACGGACUCGUGGAUUUCAUCACCGCUUCUAAGAGACAGUCCAAAGUCCAACACUUCGACUGGAGAUCAGACAUAAACAGAGCUUCAUUUGAAAGCUCAUCCUGACACGCUGCUGUACAGACAAUACUGGAUGCGCCUCACUUGGCGGCAGUUUUGUCGAGCACAGGGAUACGUCCUGCUAGAACAGAGUGUCUUCAUCCACAUACAUGCGUUUCAAACAUUUAAGGACUUCAAAAGGAGCUUAAACAUGACACUUACCUGAUGAGGUAUUAGGAUCCCAAAUUCAGAUCGUUUGAUUAUAAUGGAAAAUAAUAAGUGAAGAAAAUGUUUUCCUCCUUGAUUCGGGAUGCAAAUCUAUAAUAACCAGUAAUAAUAAUUGUUUAAAUUGAUUUUUAAAGAUCUCAAGCACUGUUUAUGUAUUUUCAAGUACACUAUGUGGUGG